UUCUCUCCUUACCUUUAUUUUUAAUUUUCAAAUAUUUCUUUUUGCUCUCAAAGCAAACGACGUCUUGUCAAUCCACUCAAGCCACCCAACUUCUUCAUUAUUGUUAAUAUCUCUCUCUCUCUCUCUUCUCCUCUCUCACCUUUUUAAAUUUUCUUCUCUUCCAUGUCACUUCCUUGACGAAUUCUAUAUACCUAGUUCGUUUUUUCUUCCUCAGAAAUAUCAAUGUAUUUGGUUUUUGUUGGGUGCAACUUCACCUCACAAUAUUUUCUCUCUUUCUUUUUCAUUUUUUUUUUUCAUUUUGAAUUAGGCCUUUUUUAUUCAUAGAUGAGUCGUCUAGUCAUCUGGAUUUGAUGUGAUUAUAGUCUUACAGAGACCUUUGAUUGAAAUAAGAACAAAAACAAGAAUACAUACAUCCCCUUCAUCUUGCACCCAUCCUUUUUCUUAUAUUUCUAGGGUUUUAUUUUUAUUUUUAUUUUUUCUUUGAUUUUUAUAUUCUCUCUCUAUCUCAAAAUUUUUACUCAUCUGGGUAUGGAAGAAUACCAGCAUGACAGCAGCUCCACGCCUCAUAGAGUAAGUUUCUUGUACUCUCCAAUCUCCCCUUCCAACAAAAACGAUAACACAAGUGAUAACAACAACAAUAACAAUAAUAAUAAUAGCAAUUAUGGUCCUGGUUACAACAAUACUAACAAUCAUCAGCAACAUCACCAACACAUGUUGUUCCCACAUAUGAGUUCUCUUCUCCCUCAAACAACCGAGAAUUGCUUCCGAUCCGAUCAUGAUCAACCCAACAACAACAACAACAAUCCAUCUGUUAAAUCCGAAGCAAGCUCCUCAAGGAUCAAUCACUACUCCAUGUUGAUGAGAGCCAUACACAAUACCCAAGAAGCUAAUAACGAUAACGUCACCGAUGUGGAAGCCAUGAAGGCCAAGAUCAUUGCUCAUCCUCACUACUCUACCCUCCUACAAGCUUACUUGGACUGCCAAAAGAUUGGAGCCCCACCUGAGGUGGUUGAUAGAAUUACGGCGGCACGGCAAGACUUUGAAGCUAGGCAGCAGCGGUCAACACCGUCUUUGUCUGCCUCGUCUAAAGACCCAGAAUUGGAUCAAUUCAUGGAAGCAUACUGUGACAUGUUGGUUAAAUAUCGCGAGGAGCUAACACGGCCCAUUCAAGAAGCAAUGGAGUUUAUACGUCGUAUUGAAUCUCAACUUAGCAUGUUGUGUCAGGGUCCCAUUCACAUCCUCAACAAUCCUGCAGAUGGGAAAAGUGAGGGAAUGGGAUCAUCAGACGAGGAGCAAGAGAAUAACAGCGGAGGGGAAACAGAAUUACCGGAAAUAGACCCGAGGGCGGAAGAUAGGGAACUCAAGAACCAUUUGCUGAAGAAGUACAGUGGAUACUUGAGUAGUUUGAAACAAGAACUGUCCAAGAAGAAAAAGAAAGGUAAACUUCCUAAAGAAGCAAGGCAGAAGCUUCUCACGUGGUGGGAGUUGCAUUACAAGUGGCCGUAUCCUUCUGAAUCAGAGAAGGUGGCGUUAGCGGAAUCAACAGGGUUAGAUCAGAAACAAAUCAACAAUUGGUUCAUAAACCAAAGAAAGCGUCACUGGAAACCAUCUGAAGACAUGCAGUUCAUGGUGAUGGAUGGUCUGCAGCACCCCCACCACGCAGCUCUAUACAUGGAUGGUCAUUACAUGGGCGAUGGACCUUAUCGUCUCGGCCCAUAAAACAUCCAAAAGCGUUAGUCACAUAAUAACAACCUCUUGUUGCUUUCUUGUUACAAUUCAUGUUUUGAACACCCCGUAUAUCAGUUUGCUACUUAUAGGUUUCUUUGUUUUACCCGUUUUGUAAUGUCUUAUGUCGUUCGGGGAGUUUGAGACUUCUUUAGUCAGAGAGAUCCCUUCAUUUUAUAUUUUUCAUUUUUAUU